AGUUUUCCUCCACGUCGGCUGCAGCUGCGCACUGCUCACUCUAUCAUCCACAUACACAUCAAGUUUUUACUCUGGUAAUCGGGCAGUAAAAUCGCUGGUUCGGUGUCAUUCCUCGCAUGGGAUCAUGUUUAAGAAAUUGAAGCAGAAAGUGAUAGAAGAGCAGUCUCCUCAGAGGAGCAGCGCGCAGGCGCAGGUGAGCUCAGCAGAGAGACACAAUCACCCCCCUUUCCUGCAGCAGGAUGCCCCGUCCUCCCCCAGCAACAGAGAGCUGCUGGCCGGGAUGAUAGCAGAACCUGCUUUUCUCUCUGAGUAUACUAUCUUUGCUCUGGACCACUCAAAACGACCCAAAGCGGCUCAGGUGCCCAGUGUGAGCAUUGUGAAGGCUGCAGGCAGCUCUCCGAGAAGCAGCACGAAUGUGGAUGGAAUCGCCUCUCCUCAGAAAGAGGAGUCCCAGUCUCUUGCACAGAAGCUGCAGCAGAAGGUUUCCUCAGUGGAGUCUUUGCUUCGGGGUUCGGGUCGCGUUGAAGGGCUGUUCCGCUCCGGCUCGCGGGACAGUCUCGUCAGAAGCUCCUCGAGAGAAUCCCUUACUCUUAUGGGAGAGAAUGAAGCGCCACCCACAUCGAUGUACGAUCCCCCUUCAGACGUCGAGAGUGAGGCUGAGGACUCUCCAGGCAGUGUUGAGGGUCUGUCGAAAGAACAGCUCUUAAACCGCCUGCACAGGGUGGAAAGAAGCCUCGGCAAUUACAGAGGGAAAUACUCUGAGUUGGUCACAGCGUACCGAACAGUACAGCGAGAUAAAGAGAAAACUCAGGUCAUCCUCAGUCAGAGUCAAGAUAAAGCCUUGAGAAGAAUAGGAGAGCUCAGAGAGGAGCUACAAAUGGACCAGCAGACCAAGAAACACUUGCAAGAGGAAUUUGAUGCUGCUCUUGAGGAGAAAGACCAGAUGAUCACUGUGCUUCAGACACAAGUGUCUCUCUUGAAGAAACGAAUCCAGGCGUCUGGAAGUGUGGUAUCUUCGGAGGUCGAGACCUCUCAGUCCACAGAUGCAGUUGACGCAACCUCCGACUUUCAGAGUCCCUCAAAAGACAACAGCUCGACGGUUAACACAGCAGAGGGCGAUGCUGAACCAGGCAGCGUGGUGGACGUUGAGGUUUUACAGAAGCGAAUCAAGAGGCAAGAGAGUCUCCUGCAGAGAUGUAAGGAGAAGAUUCGCUCCAGUAAAGAACGCUCAGCACAGCUGGCCAGCGAGAAUGAUGUUUUACAGCAGCAGCUGCAGGAGAGACUGCAAGAGCUUGAGAAAAUAAAGGAACUCCACACCUCAGAGAAGACUAAACUGAUCACACAACUGGGCGACGCCAAGAACCUCAUCGAGCAGCUGGAGCAGGACAAGGGCAUGGUGAUUGCUGAAACAAAGCGUCAGAUGCAUGAAACUCUGGAGAUGAAGGAAGAGGAGAUCGCUCAGCUGCGUUCCAGAGUCCAGCAGACCCUCGCACUGAAAGACGAGCUACAGGAACAGAAGGAGAAGUCUGAGAAAGCAGCAUUUGAAGAGCUGGAGCGAGCCCUGAGUAUGGCCCAGCGGGCAGAGGAGGCACGGCGCCAGCUACAGGUGAACAUGGAGGAGCAGUUAAAGCAGAUGGAGAAGGCCAGUGAGGAAGAGAGGAAAAAUCUACAGCAGGAGCUUACCAGGGUCAAACAGGAAGUGGUCAGCAUUAUGAAGAAGUCUUCUGAAGACAAGAUAGCAGAAAUGGUGCGGUUACACUCAGAGGCUAUGGCUGUCAAAGAAGAGGAACUGAGUGCCCAGAUCAAACAGGCAGUGGAGCAGUGUCGUGAGGAACUAUUGCAGUCUGCACAGGAAAGGGAGCAGCAGGCAUCUCUCGCUCUGGAGGAGGCCGAGCUGCAGAAAGCUGCGAUUCAAGCUGAGGGGGAGAACAAAGCCAAGGAACUACAGCUCGAGCUGGAGUCUGCCAGAACAAGAAUUCAAGAGCUGGAAAGUUUUGUGGGUAACUCUGAAAUGAAUGGUGCCAAAGCAGAUGAACUCUCAGCACAGACUGAAGAACAGAGAAAGAAGCGUGAGGCUGAUAUAGCUGUGCUAAAGGAAAGGCAUCAGCAGGAGUUGGAAAGGGCAAGGACGGAGCAGAUGACAGCCCUCAACCAGCAGCAUAAAAUCGCUAUGGAAGAGCUUGUGCAGAAACACAAGGUUGAGACUGAAUCCAUUCUGAAAGACAAGGAGAAACAGUUUCAUUCUCAUGUAGAAGAGAUGAACCAAAAGAUGCUGGAUAAGCUGAGUAAUAAACAGACAGAGCUUGAGACCAUGUCUUCUGAGCUUAGUGAGGUUCUGAAGAGUAAACAACAACUUGAAGAGAAGCUGUCCUCUAUGGAGACCAUCAGUGAAUCUGCAAGACAAGAGUUUGAGGAGAGACUCAAGGAGGAGCAAACUAAAUAUCAGGCUGAAAUUGAAGCUGUAAAAUUUCAGCAUGGAGAAUCAUUUGCAGGGGUGGAGAAAAUGCUGAAAGAAGAGCUAAAUCAGCUGAAGAUAGUGUUGGAGGAGAAGGAAAAGGUGAUAGAGGAACAUGUGCUCAGGGAAAAGACUUUAGAAGAAGAUGCCAAGAAGGCUCUGCAAGAUGGAAAUGUACAGUUGGAAGAACUUAAGGAGAGACUCAAGGAAGUACAAGCAAAACAUCAGGCAGACAUUGAAGCUAUGAAACUCCAAAAUGAACAGUCAUUUGCAGGGGUGGAGAAAAUGUUGAAAGAAGAGCUAAAUCAGCUGAAGAUGGUGUUGGAGGAAAAAGAAAAGGCACUGGAGGAACAUGUGCUCAAGGAAAAGAUUUUUGAAGAAGAUGCCAAGCAGGCACUGCAAGAUGGAAAUGCUCAAUUGGAAGAGCUUAGACUCAGGUCACAAUCUUAUAAAGAAGCCCUUGAUGAAUCCAGAUCUCAGAUUAGCACUCUUACAGAAGAUCUCGAACAAACCAGGAAUCAAGUGAAAGAUCUUGAGCAAGCUCUCGAGACAAUGCAUAAUGAUUGUCAACAGAAAGAAGUCUGUCUUGAACAAAAGACAAAUGAACUUCAGGAGCUAGAGCAAAAGGUGGAGCAAAUCAAGAAGGACCUAACUGAAAAAGAGAAUUUGCAUGCUGAAACUUGCAAAGCAAUGCAAGAGGAGCAAAAUCGGUUAAGAAAGCAGCUGGAUGAUCAGAAGAGUUCUCAUGAAAAGAAACUUGAGAACAUUAGGAAUGACAUGGAUUGCAAGUUGAAAUCCCAAGAAAACAAGAUGGUGAAAUUCCGGCAGAAAGCCAAAGAAGCACAGGAAAGAUUGAAGAAGAAGCUUGAUGAUCAAGAGGAGAAUGCCAAAGCAGAGUUAUCCAAGAAAGUUCAAGAGUUACAACAGAAAGACCAGCAACUUAAGGAGAAGAUCUUAGAGAUGGCACACACAAGCUCUGAAGGCAUCAGCAGUGCCGUCUCUGAUUUAGAGGCAAAUCACAAGGAGCAAGUAGAGAAGCUUAAUGUGACCCAUAAACAGGAGCAGGAGAACCUUGUUCAUCAUUGGCAGGAGAAGCUCAGCCAGCAUGAGGAGGAGAUGCAGGAAAAACACGCCCUCUUUUUGCAAGAGAAAGCCCAGGAAUUUGAGGAGAUAUCUCAGCAGCUUUCAGCCAGCAGAGAAGAGAAGGAACAGGUCAUGAAAGAUGUCCGGGACCUCAGGGAAGAACUUGCCAUGAGGGAGACCACUGUGCAGAAACUGCAGACAGAGCUCAGGGAGGCAGCAAGCAAACUGGAAAGUUUGUCUGAAGGAGAGGGUAUAUUUAAAAGACAAGUCGAAAUCAUGGAGAAGAAUCUCAACCAGGCCUUGAAUGAAAGGGACCUCUUUCAGGAUGAACUGAGAAAGAGAGAGGAAACUAGUAAAGAGAGAUUACAGUGCUUAUCUGAAGAGUUGAGAAACACCCAGCAAAAGUUGAGUACACUUGAAACGUCCAAGUGUAAAGACAACGAAGACCUCCAGAGGAUACUUGAAGAAAAAACUGCAGAGCUUCAAACUAAGGAAAAAGAGAUCCAGACCCAAUUAUGUGCCAUCACAAAGGAGUUUGAGCAGUGUUGUCAGGAUGUCCAGGCUAAGUUAGAUGGUUUCUCUGAUGGGCUGUGUAAAAAAGUUGAAGGAAGGGUUGGAGAAUUACAACACAGGGUUAUACAUAAUCAGAAGAAGUUCACAUAUCUAAGAAAUAUUAUCUUGACAAAGGACAACCGAAUCAACACUUUAGAGAAAGAACUUCAGCAGAAGUUGGACGAGAACCAGAAUCUAAAGAGCUCUCUUGAUGAGAUAACUCUUCAGUUUGAUGCAAGUUCGAAGAAUCUUAAAGCCUUACAUGCCGAAAGGGAGUCUCUGCAAACCAAUGCCGAGAAUCGCUCCCUGGUACUUUCUGAGAAAGACCUUCACAUCGAGCAGCUUCGUGAAGAAAACAAAAGCAUAUCAGAAGACCUCAAAGCAAAUAUUUUGCAAAUCAACAAUCAAGAAUCUAUCAUAAAUGACUUGAAGAACCAGUUAGCAAGUAGCAUAAUUGAGAAAGAGGAAGCCAUAUCUCUGCUGAAUCAGCAGAACAAUGAGGAAAAAGAAAAGCUAAAAUGCAGAAUGGCAGAGACGGUGGAAAAAUUGGAAAAAGAGAAGACCUCGCUUCAACAGCAAGCAGACUCACUCAGGAACAAGUUCUCUGAGCUGAAGAAAAAGUUCAGUCAGAGUCACAGCACUGUAAAGUCUCUUCAGGAAAAAAUUGCGGAAAUGGAGAGGCAGAUUGCGGAGAAGGAUGAGCGCGUUCAAACGCUCACUGCCAACGUUGACAAUCAGUCCAUUAGUAAGUCAGAAAUGGACCAGGCUCUUAGUGAGAAAGAACAGAAGGUACAGGCUUUGACCUCUGAUCUGGAAAGCUGCUCGAAGAAAGUAAUCGAUCUAGAGGGUCAGCUAGAACUGCGGAUAAAAGAGCGGGAGCAACUUGCAGCAGAUUUACAGCAGCACCUUAGUAUCAGGGAAAAUGAAAAGACAGAGCUGAUGAAACAGCUACAGGAAGCUCAAGACCAAAGCUCUCAAAACGGUGCCCUUAUGCAGAAAACGGAGGAAAGGCUGCAGUCUUUGAAGGGAGACAUUCAAAGAGCCAAGCAGGAACUGGAAUCCCAGCGGUCUGAAUUUGAGAAGGAGAAGGCAGAGAUUCUGAGGGCGAAAGAAGAUGCCGUGAAGGUGGUGCGAGAAAAGGCGUCCUCUGAGACGGCUAGUAAAGUGGCUGAGUUGAAGAAAAAGGCUGAGCAGAAAAUUGGUAUGAUUCGUAAACAGUUAACAUCACAAAUUGAGGAAAAGGACCAGACCAUCAAUGAUCUGCAGACCCAGCUUAAAGGAAUCAAGCGAACCCAGACUGAAAAGGAAGAACGUAUUAAGACUCUGGAGGAGAAUGAUAAGACAACAGAGGAAACCAUAGCUAAAUUAAAGAAAGAGCAUGCAAAGCAUCUAGCAGAGUUGCAACAGAAAGAGAGCGUGGAAAGACAGACCUCUCUGCAAAGCUUAAAAGAUAUUUAUGAAGAGAAGCUUGCUGUUCUUCAAAAAGAAAUGUCUGCAAAGGAGGAGCAAUGUGCUAUUGCUGCUAGAGAAAGAGACGAAACUGUUUUAAGACAAGAAGAGCAUGAGAGCAAACUCUCCGAAUCUAAUGAGCAGAUUGCAAUUUACCAAACCGAGAUUGGUCGCCUUAAAGCAGACCUGCUCAAGCAGACAACACUGGUCCAAGAACUUCAACAGACCUGCUUGGAUCUUCAUGGUCAGAUUAAAGAGAAACAGAUCGAGGAAGCUGAGAUUGAGCAUGUUUCAGAAGCACAGAGUACUCACAGUAAGUUAGGAAUGGAGACUGCAACACUGCUGGUCAAGGAGGACAUGGACACUGUCAGGAACCACGAUGAUUGGGAAAGUCAAAAGGACUUAUUGGUGAAGGAAUACAAGGAGAAGCUCCAAGAAUUAUACAGAAGGCUAGAAGAGAAAGAAAAUCAGCUAAAAGCACAACAGAAUUCACCUCAAGGAAAUAAGGAGACAAAUAGUGAGUGCCUAAACAACGAUACAAACAUCUCAGAGCAUGAUCUUCAGAGAAAGCUGGUGGAAGCUGAGAACGAGAAGCAGAAGCUCCAUAAAGAUUACACCAGACUUCAGAAAGACCUUCGCACUCUAAGAAAAGAGCAUGAGAAGGAACUAGAAUUCCUGAAGAAAGAGAUGGUUGAGGAAAGCGAAAAGAAACUGAUGCUUGAAAUGGAAGAUAUGGAAAUGAAACACAACUCUGCUCUUAAGCAGUUAAUGAGGGAAUUUAACACCCAGAUGGCCUUGAAGGAAAAGGAACUGGAAGGCUCAGUAAAGGAGACCAUUGAAAAGGCCCAAAGUGUUGAAGCUGAGCUAAUAGACAGCCAUCGAGAGGAAGUGUGUCAGCUUCAGAAAAGAAUUGCUCAGAAGGACGAAGACCUAAAAAGAACGGUUCAGAAGUACGAACAAGUCCUACAGAGUCGUGAGGAGGAGUUGGGUGGCCGUGUGGGGGAGGUGCAGAAGGAGUUAGAGGAGCUCCAGCAGAGAAGUCUCAGUGGUCCUCAGGGUCUUGAUGAGCUAAAGGUCCAGCUUGCUGAAAAGACGACUCUUCUGAGUGAGGCCAGGCUAAAAGAGCAGGGAUACCAUGACAGGAUCUGCGCUCUGGAGGACAAGAUAAGACGCUCCCAUAAAAAUGCAGUGGUGACUCACCUGGGAAGCACAUAUAAUAUGUCACACAACAGUGCAGACCCCUUCUCUGAACCCACCGAAUUUGAGUAUCUCCGAAAGGUCAUGUUUGAAUACAUGAUGGGAAGAGAGACCAAGACAAUGGCCAAAGUUAUAACAUCCAUGCUGAAGUUUCCACCUGACCAGGCGCAGAAGGUUCUAGAGCGCGAGGAUUCCCGUGUGAUGCCUUGGCUUCGGUAAGGUGGAACCAGAACGCACCUGAACUGACCUGACACAAUGACCGAUUCUGCUGCUACUGCUGCUGAGAGAGGCAACUGACAUGAAAGAGGCCCUGUCGACUUAUCUACUUAGUGUAGAUCACUACUGUAUGUGUCUGCGAGUGAGUGAUGUGUUUGUACGGUUACUUAUUCAAGGGAACUAGAUUGUUAGCUUAAGAAAUUAAGAGAACAUUUAAAAGAAUAUUGUUUAAUUUAGUAGCUUGCCAGAAAAUAAUUUAUUAUUUGGACUUUUCUCGCAUUCUUUUUUCAUUUUUAAUGGUAGACGGUUCUUUACAAAGCUACAUUUGUAUGAUUUAAAGACUUGUGCAAUAAGUUUGAUUGUAAGUUUCUUGAAAUAUUUAGUUUGUACUCCUGAUUUUCUCUGUUUUAUGGUAAGAUGUAAUGACCCUUUAACUAUCUGCACAGCAUAUGUACAAUAUAACGUCAUGGUUUCCUAGUAUGCUGAUUGUUUACUACAAACUAUGUUUUUUUUUUGUUUUUUUUUACUUAAUACUGUGUUUUCGGAAAACUGUCCAAUAAGAAUCACGCUUCAUAUUGUAAAUUGUAAAUUAUCAUUGAUGAAAAAAGGCUAUAAAUCUCUGUUAUAGGGCACUUUGCGGUGGUUAAUACAUUUUAAGACUAAACUAAUAAAGUUUUAUUUACACUA